UUCAUAAUUCAGCGUCGACAGUAUCGAGUAAGAACAAAAUUUUAGAUUCGUACAAAAAUAAACUAUGGACGGAACAAAACCUAGAAAUGAUAUUCAAGCCCCUGUAUAUAAGUUCCAGAAGGUAGCGCGCAUGACAAACAAUGGGUACCUGAACUUCUUAACUGAAUAUAAGAAGAUGUUCUGCGGGCUUUCCCCAAAGGACAUGGUACGUUUCGGAGCCAGACAGUGGAAUCAGUUGACCCUUAAAGAAAAAGAACUCUUUAAAAACACGAAGGAUCCUGUGACCGUUACAAAAAGUGCUCCUCAGGAGCUUGAGAAUCAGUCCCAAGGGGAAAACCCCGGUAAAUCUGAUCGUUUGAAAUGCAGCCCAGUUCGCUCUCCCAGUGCCCGUGAGCGGGAGUCCAAGAACAAGAAGAAAGGGAAGCCAUCCAAGUCCAAGUCCAUAAAGAAGAGACCCAGCCUUGUGCUGAAGACCCUCGACCCAAGUCGUCUGGGCUCCGCCGUAGCCUUUAUUCACUUCAUGCGCAAGUUUCAGAAGAAGAACAACAAUUUGAAGGCGAAUGAUCUACUAAACAAGGGAACUCGUCUUUGGUGCCGUCUGCAUGGAAGCCAGCGCCAACAAUAUGAGAGUCCGCUUUGGGUUGUGAGGACUGGAUAGGAACACUAUUCAAUUUCAGCCGUGUUAAUAUGUGUAAAUUUGAAGCGAACAAUAUCUUAUCUAUUACCUAAAAGAUAUUUACAAAACAAGAAGAUUAACCGGCAGCGCACACGGAUUAGCGUAUAAAUAUAUAAUACAAUUA